UGCUUCGGAAUAGGACUUCUUUGUAAUUAACCGCUUCACCAGGGACCAAAGCAUAUUUCUAUUUUCUUGAACUGAUAAUUUAUAUUGUCAGAUACUGCCCAGAAACUGAAAGUAAACAUGGAAGUCAAGCCCCCCGUAUUUACUUUAUUUGGCAAAGCUGCACGGUUUUAAAGAUACUUGCCCCAUUUACCCAAUCAUAAUCAUCCACGUGGCGUUUUCUAGUUCCGUGCGCCCUUUCCUUCCACACUUACGUGGUCCGUCUCCUCAAUUGCACCGUCGCCUCACUUUAAAUUACAUCGUCGUAUUCAUUAUUUCCCAACCAUCGUCGAUGCCGGCACCAUCGCGUUAGAUAUCUCCUUAGGCUCUUCCCUCUUUUUUUUUUUUAAUUAAUUUUAUUUUCGCAUAUUUUGUAUGUAUAUAAAUAAUUUAUAUUUAAAAAUUAAAAUAAAAUAUUAUCAUUUCAUUGUUUCUGAUUUCAAAAUUCGCUCUCUACUGUCUUCUUCUUCUUCCUCGUCGUCUUCUUCUUCUUCAUAGAGUUCAAGUCACCUCUGAAAACUUUACUUGAUCCUACUUACUGCUGUUCCUUCUUUCCAUUUAACUGUUUUUUAUUGCCCUUUUUUUUUGUUAUCGCUUCAUCGUAGUAUACAAAAUUAAAUUUCUCUUUUGCGGUUCUCGGGUUCACUGCACUGUCGAAAUUGAAUCCUGAGACUCUUCCAAUUCCAAAUUUGAGAAUUAGGAAUUACCGAUUUCGCGAUUUUGAUGAUAAAGUGAGGGACGACGAGAUAUUAGAGGACUUAGGAGUUGGAAAUUCUAUUGUUGGUGGUGGAUUUUGAGAGGGCAGGAAUGUCGAAAGUGGUGUACGAAGGAUGGAUGGUGAGGUAUGGUCGAAGGAAGAUCGGACGAUCCUUCAUACACAUGCGAUAUUUCGUGCUCGAAAAUCGGCUUCUAGCUUACUACAAGAGAAAGCCACAAGAUAGUCAGGUUCCUAUCAAGACCUUGUUGAUAGAUGGAAACUGUAGAGUGGAAGAUCGAGGUUUGAAGACCCAACAUGGACAUAUGGUUUAUGUUUUGUCAGUUUACAACAAGAAAGAGAAGUACAACAGAAUCACGAUGGCAGCAUUCAACAUCCAGGAAGCCCUAAUCUGGAAGGAAAAAAUAGAGUCUGCGAUUGAUCAGCAUCAAGAUUCACAAAUGGCCAAUGGCAACAAAUACAUUUCUUUUGAAUAUAAAUCUGGAAUGGAUAAUGGGAGGAAUGCUUCUUCAUCAGAUUAUGAAAGUCAGUUCAGUGCCCAUGAGGAUGAAGAUGAAGCUCCUCCAAAAACUUUGCUUAGGAGAACAACAAUUGGAAAUGGUCCUCCAGAUUCAAUAUUGGACUGGACACAGGAAUUUGACUCAGAAUUAUCAAAUCAAAAUGCCAAUACCCAAGCAUUUUCUAGAAAACACUGGCGCCUCCUUCAAUGCCAGAAUGGACUUCGCAUUUUUGAAGAGCUUCUUGAAGUCGAUUACCUUCCAAGGAGCUGUAGUAAGGCUAUGAGGGCUGUAGGUGUUGUGGAAGCUACGUGUGAGGAAAUAUUUGGUCUUGUAAUGAGCAUGGAUGGAACUCGAUUUGAGUGGGAUUGUAGUUUUCAGUACGGUAGUUUAGUUGAGGAAGUAGAUGGGCAUACAGCUAUACUUUAUCACAGGCUUCAGUUGGACUGGUUCAGGAUGUUUGUCUGGCCCCGUGACCUUUGCUAUGUGCGUUAUUGGCGCCGAAAUGAUGAUGGGAGUUAUGUUGUAUUAUUUCGUUCUAGGGAGCAUGAGAAUUGCGGUCCACAACCAGGAUAUGUGCGGGCUCAUGUUGAGAGUGGAGGGUUCAACAUUUCACCUCUGAAAUCUCGGAACGGGAAGCCCAGAACACGGGUGCAGCAUCUUAUGCAGAUUGAUUUAAAAGGAUGGGGUGUGGGUUGUAUUUUGGCAUUUCAGCAACACUGUCUUCUUCAGAUGUUAAAUAGUGUUGCUGGAUUGCGUGAAUGGUUUGCCCAAACAGAUGAAAGAGGUGCCCCUCCUAGAAUCCCAGUUAUGGUCAAUAUGGCUUCAUCUUCAGUUUCCUUAAAGAAAACUCGAAAGAUAGAUGAGUUAUCUGUUCCCCCUGCCCCCUCUCUUGAUCAAAUGAAUGCUGCAAGCCGAAACUCUUUGUUGAUGGAUGAAUACUCUGAUGAGGACGAAGAACAAAUGCUUGAGGCAGAACAAGAGCCAUAUCCUACUAAAAUUGACUAUUAUGUCAAAAGAACAGCCCUGGAAGAAGAACCAAUUGAGAAAAUUGAUUUGUCAUGCUUUUCUGGUAAUCUACGACGUGAUGACCGUGAUAACUCUCGUGACUGUUGGAGAAUAUCAGAUGGUAACAAUUUCAGAGUUCGUAGCAAGCAUUUUUGUUACAACAAAACAAAGGUCUUUGUAUGUUAUCUCCCUCCCCCCCCAAAUGCAAUGAAGAUUCCUGCAGGAAAGCAUUUAAUGGAUCUUGUUGCUGUUGAUUGGUUCAAAGACUCAAAAAGAAUGGAUCAUGUUGCCAAGCGUCAAGGUUGUGCUGCACAAGUUGCUUCAGAAAAGGGGUUUUUCUCUUUGGUCUUUAAUUUUCAAGUUCCUGGUUCGACACACUAUAGUAUGGUAUUCUAUUUUGUGACGAGGGAAUUAGUACCUGGGUCUCUUUUGCAGCGAUUUGUUGAUGGUGAUGAUGAAUUCCGCAAUAGCAGGCUGAAGCUUAUUCCAUCAGUGCCAAAGGGAUCAUGGAUUGUGCGGCAGAGUGUUGGUAGCACCCCUUGUUUGUUGGGUAAAGCAGUUGAUUGCAAUUAUAUCCGUGGUCCCAAGUACUUAGAAGUUGAUAUUGACAUAGGCUCUUCUACCGUUGCUAAUGGAGUUUUGGGGCUUGUCACUGGUGUAAUUAGGACAUUGGUGGUUGACAUGGCUUUCCUUGUACAGGCAAACACAACGGAUGAGCUGCCAGAACGGUUAAUUGGUGCAGUUCGUGCUUCACAUAUAGAGCUAUCGUCGGCCAUAGUUCCAAAGCUUGAUGUGGAUCCAUCAUGAUUAUUUUGACCACAGCUGAUUUUAUACGAAUCAUUUGUUCUGAUAUAUUAAUCUCUUUGGCAUUCUGUCAUUAACAGUUACAGAAAGAUGUCAUACUUUUUUCCAAAGUAAGUGAAAGGAAAAUGGAAUUCUGACGUCAGGAAGCUCGUUUAUUCUCUGGUGGGCUAUUUGUUAAGGAAAAAAUAAAUCCAAAAAUUUCUUCGGAACAAAAUGGAAGAUGAUGAAGAGGAUAAGAUAGGAUGAUGAGAUUGUUAGUCAUCAUUUAAUGUAAUAUAUAUAUCAAGCAAAUAUCAGUUUUACCCUUCUUCCAACUCUUUUCUUUUAAAGAUUAUGGCCAUAUGGGAAUGAAGUAGUAUCAUAUGUGCAGAAGAAGAAAGAGAGAAUAGGGUAAUUUAUUACCUGAACGAAUGAUGUUUAUUAAUAACCAGUAGCCAGUAGGGAGGCUAGAUGAGGCUGCUGUUAUUUCCCAAAAUGAAGUUUUUAACUGUUUUCCUCAUCCAGAAAAGAAA